AUGACACAUUGUGACCCAUCGAACCUUACUGGAGAUAGCAUACUUUCAUUAGGGGAUUGUACAUCAACUGUAGCCUCCGAAACUGCGAACUCACCAGCACCGCACACCGACAUGAAAGCCAUGCCGUGGCCCUCCCCAAUACAAAAACAGCAACAGGAGGGACCAUACAUUCAAUCACUCGUUCACCUGCAUGCCGACCGCCAGUGCGAUGAAGGCGGGUUGGGGCUCAACACCAACAAUGGUGAGGACAAGACAAACAUUUCCGCCUUGCAGGAUUCCAUCGUCAUGUCCGACCUCAGCGAUCAAGUUAAGAAAACUCAGGCGCGUCUCGCCACCCUUCGGGAAGAGGAAAAGGUGCUGCAGUUGCGGCGGAGAGCUCUGCUUGGUUCUGAGGAGCACUGUAUUGCUGGUGAUGGCAGUGCAGCUGUCGGGUAUAUACAUCUUGCGUCUCUCACGUCCCCGAAAGCAGUUGAUGAUACCUGCGUGGGAUGCGCAGUGGGGGAAAAGCGGGAAGGCGAAAAUCAUUCUCAUCUCUGCGACAGCCCCUCGGUUGGUACUGACGGUACGCCGUGCUCUACGCCGGCGGCAGUGAGGGAAAGUCGUGGGGUUCAGGUGUCGUGUGUCGCAGCCAAGUCCAACAACACCUCGAAACACUCACGAGCGACUUCCCCACAUCUCGUUGGAGACCGCGGCUUCACCACGGGGACCACAGGCAGUCGGUUGCAGUCAUGUGGGCUCGUCUUCUCGUUGGUAACAUAUCUGGAGCCGCUUUGGGCGGUAGAUGUUGAGGUAAGCAGGGGUGUUUUUAAGAGGCUGGAGGUGUUUGCCGGGGAGAAUGUGAACGAAGUUGCAAGACGGUUUGUUGAAAAGAACGGACUUGAGGAGGUUCGAGCCCUCCAGCCACUGCAACGUUAUUUGGCAGCGUUAGCGGCACAGAAGAUGAACCAGGGGGAAGGGAUGGAACCGAGUGGUUCGACACCCAAUGUACACACAGGAGUCAACAGAAUGGACGAGAAGCUGGUCGGCCCUCUCCAAACGGACUGUGAUCGAGUGGGGACGCCGCUGCGCUUCGAGGUUGGGCAAAGGAAUCGUGGGUGUUCCAAGAAAGUGCAAGGAUCUGAUGCAGCAAAUAUUGCGCAAGGAGGCACUGUCCAGGGAAGUGAUACGUCCGAUAUUACUCAUCCUGAUGUCAAGAUGUGCGGCAGGGAUGGCAAGCUAAUGUUGAAGCGACCAGGUGGCUCCCGCAAAAUCGACGCGGGGAGGAAUAUCGAGGAGGAACAGGAGGAGAAAUGGAAGAGACGGGGGACACCGGCCUCCCCCCGUCGCCCUGAGAGGGACCGCUUCGGUGCAAGGCGAACAAACAGUUCGUGUGCGGCGGUCCCUCGUGGUAUCGAGGACACUAAUCGUCAACUGGUACGUAAAAUGGAGGCAGUGCCGCCAAGGGACCCUUCCACUACACGAGGGCAAGCCGCUCGUACGGCGAUGUCCGAAAGGGGCAGACGAGCGGCAACACCAACGGCACCGUACACGGAUAGAGCAUCCAGUGGAUGCACCGGAACCCAUAGAAACGGAAUGGGCGCAACAAGCACCAUAUUGUGUAGUUCUACUCAACAUGGAGAACGUCCCAUAAUAACUGAGCCGGGUUGCGCGAGAGAAGAUGAGGUGGAGCGACUCCUCAUCCGCAGGCAGCAGCGCUCGGAGCAGGUUAAAAAUACAGAAUCCCAUAGAUGUACACCGCAAUUGUCAAAAGCACGAGCAGUAAAAGGAUCUGGCGCGCAGCCGCAAGUCCUCAACUGCGGUGCAAAAAAGGUGUCGUAUAGCACCCAAAGGGGUAAAAUUGAGGAGCGAGUGGCCGGUCCCCCACUCCACCCCGCGGAUGAACAGUCGACAAGUGAUAUGGAGAGUCUACAAGUUUCCCCGUCUGCAGCACAACCGCGUGGAGAGGCUGAACGACAGGCACUCCACGGAGAAGAGCGCUCCUAUGAGAGGCUAAACACAAGCAAAUCGCAUGGAUCUCCCUCACCUGCCUCACAGAAACGGAGUGUGCACGUGAAGUCCACUGAGGAACUGGAGUUGGAGGCGUGUACCUUCAGCCCGGCAAUCAACCCGCGGUCUGUACACAUAUUCAACACGAUUAUUAACGGACGGGCUGCAAGUGAAAGGAAACCACCCUUGACAAAACGAGAGGGUGUGCGGUUUGUAAGCCCGCAAAGCCGCAGUACCAGCACAACGCGGGGAGGCUCACCUGCGGGAAACAGGCUUCCAAAUCAAGAAAUCAUACAACGAAAACUCUCGGAAGAAAUGAAAUGUCAUCGAACAUCCGAGAACUUUGGGACCGGUAAGCGGGCUUCAAACCCCUUUCAUGGGCGUUGA